AUGGUGUUUUUGAAAGUUGCACUAAUGAAGGGAGUUAUGAGGUUUGGCAAGAAAAGAAAGUUGAGUCUAAGGUAUGUAGGACCCUUCGAGAUUCUUGAAAGAGUUGGACCAGUGGCUCACAUGCUUGCUUUACCGCCGGAGUUGUCCAAUGUCCACAUUGUUUUUAAUGUGUCAAUGCUGAAGAGGUACGUUGGUGAUCCAUCUCAUGUUUUGAACUACCAACCGUUACAAUUGAAUGAAGAUCUAUCAUAUGUGGAAGAAUCUGUGAAAAUUCUAGACCGGAAGGAUAAAGUUUUGCAGAACCGAGCUGUCUCGUUGGUGAAAGUCCUUUGA